AUGAAUGGGAACACAUGUGAACCUUGUGAUCUCAACUGUCUUACAUGCACCUCAGCCACCGAGUGUGAUGCUUGUAUUAAUCCAAACCGUAAGCCGACACCAGGCAACAAGUGUGAUGGGUGCAAUGAAGGGUAUUAUUGGGAUGCUGACAAGCAGAAUUGUUUCCCAUGUUUCAAAAAUUGUGAUGUUUGUAAGGACUCGACUACCUGUGAGAAGUGUACUGUUGCUGGCAAUUUUGAAUCAAGUCCGAACAGUGAAGGGAAGUGCAGAUGUGUUGUUGGUUAUGUUUAUAAUGAAACAUUAGACGCGUGCGACCCAUGCAAAGAAAAUAAGAACGAGUUCUGCUCAACUUGCGAGAAGGAAAGUUGCACACUUUGUAAUGCGGAAUACCUUGAACCAAAGGGAAGCGAGUGCGUCUGUAAGGCGGGAUAUUACACUACAAGUUGGGGAAGUUGUAUUCCAUGUGAUAGACAUAUCAGCGGUUGUCUCUUGUGCGAAGAAAAGGAUAAAUGCUCGAAGUGCAACGACGGAUAUAAACUUAAUCAAACAACUGGAAGAUGUGAUGGCGCUUGGGAAAUUACUGUGGCGCUAUUUGUCGCCGUCAUGAUCCUUUUUAUUUGA